CGUCACCUCCAACUCUCUUCCGGGUGUUUUGUUACAGCUGUACUGUGGACGGUGUCAUCGAGCUAUCGAAGCGUCCUUAAAGAGUGAAAAGCCUUCAUUGCCGAAAUGAACCGAAUAUUUGGCCGGGGAAAACCCAAGGGUCCACCCCCGAACCUCACGGACUGUAUAGGAAACGUUGAUUCCCGCUCGGAAUCCGUGGACAAAAAGAUUGCCAGACUAGACGUUGAACUUGUGAAAUACAAGGACCAGAUGAAAAAGAUGAGGGACGGGCCCUCAAAGAACAUGGUCAAGCAGAAAGCUUUGAGAGUCUUGAAGCAGAAGCGCAUGUAUGAGAGCCAGAGAGAUAACCUCAUGCAGCAGUCGUUCAACAUGGAACAAACUAACUACACAAUCCAAACCCUUAAAGACACUAAAACCACAGUUGAUGCCAUGAAAAUCGGCCUGAAAGACAUGAAGAAAGCAUACAAGAACGUGAAAAUUGAUAAGAUUGAGGAUCUUCAAGAUGAGCUCGGGGACAUGAUGGAGGAUGCUAACGACAUCCAGGAGGCGCUGGGCAGAAGCUAUGGCACACCUGAAAUUGAUGACGACGACUUGGAGGCCGAGCUGGAUGCUUUGGGAGACGAGUUCCUUAUGGAUGACGACAGCUCCUACCUGGAUGAGGCCGCAACGGCUCCUUCCAUCCCGGAGGGGAUGCCCGGCGACAAGUCGGUCAACAGGGAUGGUGUCCUGGUGGACGAGUUCGGCCUUCCUCAAAUUCCUGCGACAUAAAUGUGCAAUCCGAAGUACAAUUAUGCUAGUUUUAUGUGUAUCAUACCCUUUUUGUAUUUAUCCAACUGACACUCCCUGCGGCCUUAAGAGUGCAGCAUUGAUAACCAAAGCGUCUUCUGUCCAAUGAAUCAUGAACUGCAACUUAAAAUCAGGUAUCUUUCAUUAAAAGCUGAUAAUUCUAUACUUGAUUUCAUAUCUUAUGUAUCUGAGGUGGUCUCAAUUGGGAUUUUCUUAACUUUGUACAGUUUCUGCAGCAGAACAA